AUGAAGCUUAUUUCGACUUUAGUUGUUCUUGCCUGCGCUGGCGCCGUUGCGGCUGACCACACGGCCAAUGCAAAGACAAACAUACAAGUGAAGCGAGAUGCGGGUUCAUGGAACCUACAAACCAGAGAGCAGUCCAAAGAUGCGCCUUUGAAAGAACGCGAUCUGGAAGCAACUAAGACGAAUCCCCGACAAAAGCGGGCUGAUGGUACCUGGAACCUCGUCCCCAGACAGUCAAUCACGAAGCAGGCUACACCUGAGGAUAUUGCAGCGGAUAUCUUGGACACGGAUCAUCAUGAAAAGCGAGCUGAAGAGGGUCCGACUAAGGUCAACCCCCGGAAAAAGCGGGCUGACGGAACCUGGAACCUCGUACCCAGACAGUCAGUUACUCAGCCUGUGAUAAAUCCGAAGAAGAGAGCCGUGGAUGCCUUGGGCGCAGAGCCGCUUGAAAAGCGAUUCGAGGAGGCACCGACCAAGGCCAACCCCCGACAAAAGCGGGCUGAUGGUACCUGGAACCUCGUCCCCAGAGCGUCAAUUACCAAGCAGGCGACACCUGACAACGGAGCAGCGGAUGUUAUGGACGCAAAACUGCAUGAAAAGCGAGCUGGAGAGGAAUUGACUAAGACUAAUCCCCGACAAAAGCGAGCUGAUGGUACCUGGAAUCUCGUCCCCAGAGCGUCAAUCACCAAGCAGGCAACACCCGAGGACAAAGCAGCGGGUGUCUUGGACACGGAUCAUCAUGAGAAGCGAGCUGAAGUGGAAUCGACCAAGACAAACCCCCGACAAAAGCGGGCUGAUGGUACCUGGAACCUCGUACCUAGGCAGUCGAUUACCAAGCAGGCAACACCUGAGGAGAGAGACGCAGGUUUCUAA